AUGAAAGUUUUUAUACACGGCAUUACUGCCGUGUGUAUUUUUUAUCUGUAUUUUCUCCCAACACGAAAGUCCGAUGGCUCGGCAGGGCAGCAGUCCAAACAGAACAUCACCAUUGCUGCGCUGGCACCAAUGACAGGAGAAUGGGAUGUUGGACGAACAACAGCCGCUGCUAUGCCUAUUGCCGUUGAAGAUAUCAACAACGAUCCCUCUUUGCUGCCAAACCACCGCCUUCAGUUUGUAUUUGGCAACACUAACUGCUCACCUAACACAGCCUUACCUCUGGUCAUGAACUUCUGGGCUCAGCAGAAAAGAGGAGUAGAUGCUUUUAUUGGGGGAGGAUGUAACCGAGUUUGUGAAUAUAUCAGCUUGUUAGCAGGGAAAUGGAAUCUUCCAGUCAUUUCAUGGGGCUGUAUGUCUGCUCAUUUAUCCAACAGAAACACGUUCCCCACAUUUGUGCGAACUGUUGGUAAGUAAAUUCGAGUGGAGUCAAACCCAGUGAACUAAAAAAAAGUGUUGUUGUUUUUUUUCGAGUUUGUUAAAUUCCUACUUUCCCUUUCAUAUUUUCUUAAGUUACAACACUAUACCUGUUUAUUUUAUUUUAUCAUUAGAUCUUUUCUUAAUAAGUUACCCUAGAAAAUUGCUCCGGUCCUUUUUUCUGCCUCAGCUUCCAUAUUUUUUUCUGUUCAGUGAAUUGCUCAAAACCGGACAGUUAAACAAAAGUCUUCCUGUUAUGCAUGAUCAAACUAUCGAGUGCCAGUAUUUGUCAACAUCUAAAGGCGAGAUGAUGAUCGGCGAAUGUACAAUUAAUCCCAUUUGGAAUAAAUGAUCUUUCCGCCCACCUGCCUAAUUUACAACAAUUUUAUAAGGCCUUUUUGAUUGAGGCUCUUUUACACUUAACUUGAAAUAUGUUGGGAGUUGCUGAUAUAGAUACAUAUACAUAUAUGAUACGGCAGGGAAAUAUUAUGUAGCUAUCCCUUGAAAAUCGCUUUUGCUAAAGGAAAGUAAAUUAUUUUAUUUUACUUAUCAGAACAACGCAAUUUUAGUCGUGCCACAAAGCAUCAUAACAUAUCGGAGCUUCCAGCCCCUUGUAGUGGGCUUUGUAUCAUAAGCGGCGGGCUGUUUGGCUAAUCUUUUUUAUAUAUUAAGUGUUAGGUACUCUUUGUAAUUUAGAAUGCUUUGCUCAUAAGGUCCCUACACUAAAAUGGAGAAACUACUCAAACGUCUCAUGGAACAUUUCAGUUGGAAGCGUGUGGCUAUUAUCGCCUCCACAGAUGACAUCUGGCAAAUUGCAGCAAACUUGGUUAAAAUUGAGCUUCUCCAUCACGGAAUCAACGUGGCUCAUUUCCAUUCGUUCAUCCCUGGACGUCUUCAUAUCCUAGAAAGCAGAAUUGAACGCCAUGCUGAUCUGAUCAGAAGAGCAGCUAAACGUGCUAUGAGUAAGUAAGACGCGAAUACUUUUAUCUCAUAGGUCCACACUAUCCACCAAUAAUCAUUUCAUGAAUUCAGCAAGGGAACAAGGGGACGCAGGUUGAACGGUAGGUGUUGUAAUAUCAAGUUCGCUUGAAAUAAGAAAUCAUUUCACUUGAAAGAAACUGCAUCAGUCGGUCUCUUUAACUUAAUUUAGUAUAAGGCAUAUUGAAAUCGUGAAUGCCUAACGUCUUAAGCGGUAGCCUUCCGUUUCGUUCCUACAAAAGAACAUUUUAUCGAACUCAUCAAACAAAAGCAAACUAUUUAGGCCCUUCUCUUCAUAUACGUAGCACUUGACAAAUUCUUUUAUUCGGACUUUUGAUAUAUUUCUCAGGGCUUAUCAAUGUAGUCCGGCGGUCUGAUGUGAAUGAUUUAAGUCUUCUAUGAUUAGUUCUAAUUGCAGCAGGUUGAGGUGCUGCGUAAUGCCUACCCUAUGUUUGUGCUGCUCAUCAUUCUGGUACGACCUACUAAAGCAAGUAUUUUUUUCAGUUUUUAUUUUGUUAUGCGAUGGAGGUGACAUUAGAGAAAUCAUGUUGAACUUUUUGGAUCUGGGUCUUCUUAAUGGUCAUUACGCUUUCAUCACGGUCCACUUGCCUAAGCGGUAAGUUAAGACUGAAUGUUAACUCUCUGGAAAAAUUCAAAAGCGCCAAACCCCACCCUUUAUCAGAGUGUUUUGUUUGAUACAUUGUAGAUCUUACAUUGGUAACAACACGUGGAUGGGUAACGAUGGACGAGAUAAUGACGCCAAGAAAGCUUAUGAGGGAGUCUUGAACAUUGAACAAAAGUUUGGAACAGAGAAAAGAACAGGAGACAAAGUAACAGCUUUCGUAAAUCGCGUCAAGAGCAGGUUGAAAGCCGAUCCCUUUAAUGUGGAGAUUCCGGAAAAUGGAACAGUAAGCUGUGUUUUAAACAAAUUAAUAAUACAUGCCGGUAUACAAAAAUGAUAUGUGUAAAAUAUAGAGCCAAUGCAACGACGAACACCAAACUUUUUCAUCCUUACGCAUGAACAACAAAUCAUGCUUAUUCGUUUUUGAAGACUCUUAGUACCUCCAAAAUGUAGUUUUAUUGACUGAGUUGACAAUUACUACGGUGGCCGAUGUAUCUUAUUGGAUAAAUUGGUCUCCAGUCAAAAGGAAAGAACUGGAACGUUUCGAGGGUUAGUCCCUGCUCAAGGUGUUACCUUCUCCUCCCUCUUUACCAACUUCUGUUUCUUCAAAUCAUUUCUGAUACGUGAUCUGCUGAACUACUGUGUAUCAUCAUAGGUAACAAAUGUUGAAUGUUUCUUGAUAUCCAACUUACUGAUUCCAAAUAUGUGAUUGUCACCCAGGUGGAAGCUUACGCUGGGACAAUGUAUGAUGCUGUUUUACUGUACGCGUUGGCUGUUAACGAAACUUUGGAAUCCGGAAAAAAUAUCAGAAAUGGCUUGGAAGUAUCCAAGAGAACUUACAAUAGAGUUUAUCAAGGUAUCUAAAUAAUUUAUUUCUUUCUUUCAUGGUGUCUUCAAUAUGUCUUCAAUGGUGAUGCUCCAGCUAUAAAUGUGUGACGUUUUACCAUGUACUGUAGCUCUGUAGUCAAGUCUAUGCUGAUGUUGUUCUACUGUUCAGUCUACUGCACGUGUGCUCUUCUAUUUUAUUAGGUAUCGCGGGACCAGUUUACAUGGACAACAAUGGCGACCGAGACCCUGAUUAUGUCAUUCAAACACUAAUUGAUGACAGAUUUGAGGACAUUGCCUAUUAUACUCGAUAUAAUGAUAACUUUACUAUCAGAGAAGGUGUUACAAUUAUCUGGCCAGGAGGGGUCACCACUCCACCUAAAGAUAGUCCUGAGUGUGGGUGGGAAGGGGAACUUUGUUACAACGACAGUGGUAAGAUGAUUCUGGUUCUUUUCGUCAAGAGAACAUCAUUAAUUUUGUUUUCUUUCUUCCUCUAAUUGAACAUCGAAGAGAAUGGUUUAGUAUUUUUUUAUUAACUUCGCCAAACAUUAAGAUAAGUGGUACUAGAAAAAAAAGCUUUAGUACAAGUGAUUAAGUAAAACAGUAAUGUUAGGCUUUGUUUUUGAGUGGAAGCGUGUUGGCUUUUUUGCAACUAGUUUACAGGCACUUCGGAUUUGUCCUCGGGACGACCGAGGCUAGCUUGUAGUUGGAGGAGGACUCGAAGGAUUGUGGGUCUGACGCACAGACCACUUAUAUCCUUCCUGUUUAGAUGGACUAUUUGUUUCUUUCCACAGAGGAUAGCACUACAUAUAUCAUCAUCGCCUGUUGUACCGUGUUUGGAUUUGUAUUUGUUACCAUGGUGUUUGUUUUUGCUUACAGGUAUAGUGAGAAUUAUUUCUUGCAAAGUAUUAAUUUCGUUAGAUCGUUUUCACUCAAAGGGAAUGUCAAGGGAAUGGUGGCGAGUCUAAGCCAUGUUGUUAGUGAACCUAUACUUGGUGCUCCCCGAGUGAGUUUCCCAAAGUUUCAAUAAAAUUUUUAAAUGUUAUUGUUGUCACUCAAUCUUCCAGCUUUUUCCACCUGAAAAUCUAUUGAGAAACACCCGCAUUUUCCAGUCAGUGCCUGGCAGAAAUUUCUUUCUCUUAUCAUAGUAACCUCUUUCCUAGGGUGAGCCUGGUGAAGAGGCUGAACAAUUGACCAAUUUUGCGUUGUUUUGUUGUGCAAUUAUAAAACGUCAUCACACAGAACCAAAGCGCUUGAUUUAUCUUAUAACAGGAAGCUGAUUUUCGAGCUGGAUCUUGCGCAGAAUCAGACAUGGAAGGUCAAGCAAGAAGAUAUCGUGCUAAGAGAUACGAUCAACCUCUUCGGAAACUCGGUGAGCUAAGCGGUAUAAAAAUAUAUUAUAUCAUGAACACUACCUUUUCAUUAGCGUUUUACACUAUUCUAUAUAGCAGGUAUUUCACAAGAUACCAGUGUGCUUGGUUUUGCGAUUUUACAGAAUAAAUCUGGGAUAUUCUUAUUACACACAAACAUUGAUUCUGAACACUGUUGGAAAUUACAGGGUAAAAUGAUAAACGUGAACCUCUUGUUAACUUUUGCAUAUUCAGAACGUAAACUUUGGUUCUGGGAGAACUAUGAGAUCCCGGACGUCAGCUUCACGUGCCAAUCGCUCCAGUCGUGUUGGUAGUCUAAGAUCAUGUGCAAGUGUGAAGUCCGCUGACACUCAGUAUUCAGCAAGGUGGAGUUUGCAGGAGCAAGUCUUCUCUUCUGGGUUUACUAACAUCGCUUUCCAUAAGGUGAGUAAGAGAAAAAUAAGAACAUAGGGGACUGGGAGAAGCACAGGAGUUGUUGGAAGGAAAAGUAAAAAAAUCCUUUGCCUGCUAUUGCACCAUUUCUAUGACCACAACAUACUGAUUAACGUUCUUUUUAAGUCAAUUCCUAGUGAGAUAUUACAUGUAAUUAACUAGGUUAGUCUUGUUUAGUGUUAGUUAAUAUGUACUGCCAGGACACGCCCCAUUGACCGUCUUUCUAACCUUAAUUCUAUUUGGUUCAUCUUUAUUUUUCAUUUACUAUUAAGGGUGAACUGGUUGUCGUUAAACACAUAAAAAAGAAAGAACUUCGAAUUUCUCGCAAAAUUCUGAUUGAAGUCAAACAGGUAAGUCCGGUUUGUCUAGCUUUUUGGGUGGCUAUUAACGAUAAAACUAACAAAUUAGCGUUAGUCAGUUCUGCAGUCGAACCUCACCCCAACGGUCACCUUGGGGACAGAGAAAAAUGGACUUUGUACAGAGGUAGCCGUUAUGGGGAGGUAGAAGUGUAAUAUGACAAUUUUUUUUAGGGAUUUACAACAUGUUUAUUGUGCUAAAUUCAUGCUUACUGUAUCCCAUAAUGAUAAUCCAACCCAGUUAUAAUAUAUAGAGAGAGUUAAAAUACACAAAAAACUUGAAAAAUGUUUUAAAUAAGAAUGUUAACGAGACAAAACGAGCAAGGUCCACAACAUUCGCUAUGAGUAUCGUAGGCAAUUUAUGCUUACUGCCAACCGAGUAUACAUGGAACACAAUCAAAAUACGAAUACCACGAUUACUGAAUCAUCAUCGCGCCAUACGAAUCAAAUUUCAUGGCCAUUCUUGACUUUUUCAUCAGUCGCUGUAAAAACUGGCCGUUUUUGUAGUUGGGGACGCGCUCGCUAGUGGAGGUUCGACUGAAGACAGUUACGUUGUAGGUAGACGGUAGACCGACAUCUACCAGUGCUGUUCUGCGUUCCUAUCUGAUGAAAUGUUUGUUUUUGUAUAGGCACGGGAAUUACGCCAUGAAAACAUCAAUCCUUUCAUUGGAAUCUGUAUCGACUCGCCCCAGGUUAUGAUCCUCUCUAAAUAUUUGAAACGAGGCAGUCUUCAGGUACGUCAACGAUUUUUUAAGUAUUGCUGCCGGGGUUGAAAGAUCACAAGCCAUGCAUACACGACAACAAUAGAAUAAAGUUGAGGUGUUUUCUCGAAAUACAUCAGUAAAAGAACGAUUCACAGUUGUUCUAUAGUGUAAUGAACUUAUCAUAGACAUGGGAAAUUAUUCACGGGCCUACAAUAAAUGAAAUUAUUAUGAGUUUACUCCUGUGUUGAAUUCAAGGCUAACAGUUCGAUACUAACAUUUUAAUGCUUUCAUUUAGGAUCUUUUGGAGAACGAGGAUUUUAAGCUGGAAGAAAUUUUUAUCCUUUCAUUGGUCCGUGAUGUAGCAACGGUAAUGUAAAACAUUACUUAACAUGUGCCACUGAGAGACACAUCUCAUCCCCGAGGUCUCCUUCCUGAGAAUGAGUAGAAACUGAAAGCUCUGACUUGUUUUACUCAGUAUUUUUUGGAAAAGUACAGUAGUCAUGUCAGAUGAAAAACUACCCUGGUCACAACUAUAGUGAAAUAGCAUCAGAGUCAUGACAAAAGAAAUGAGCUCAUUCUCUCUUGAUCAUGAUCAUGCACCAAACCGGCUAUUGAAGAUAUACCCUAUUACAGUGAGACACAACUCUCUAGUAGCAGAAGCCUAAGCAAUAUGUGCAGCAAAUAUUUAAACGUGUUUAGUGCAAAAAGGUAGCUUUUUAUAUAUGAGGCCCGUAUUUCAACUAGUACAACCACAUAAUCAGCUUCAGUGACUCCCAACACAAAAUAUCACCAUUAACCAUAAGACAGCUAGAGUCUAUAUUUUAAAAAGACCCUUUAUUUCUGCACAGGGUAUGAUGGUUCUUCACAAUAGUGCAGUGCAAGUGCAUGGACGGCUCAAGUCCUCCAACUGCCUAAUUGACUCGCGGUGGGUGUGUAAGAUAGGAGACUGGGGUCUAAGUGAGCUUCGCUCCCCUGCCGACCGCCUGCCUCCCAGAGAGGAGUAUGAAAAAUACAAUGGUAGGUUGCGUAUGCGUGUAGCAGUUUAUAAUUCUUUUAUGGGUCAAAGCAGAAAACGAAAAUAAGUUAUGGAAUUAGUCAAUUCUGAAAGCAUUUGCUCGGUCUUUUUACUUGCUAAGAAAGUCCGCCGGUACUCUCCCCUACCUGGAAACUAUACUUAUAAAACGACCAAGGCAUAUUAUCAUUAGACCUUUCAGAUGCUAAAAGACCACCUCCAAAAGUCCUUACCAUAACUUGUAAAACAUUGUGCGCGAACUUAACUCGAUAACUUGGUUAGUUAUUACCUUCAAAUACCAAACAAAGCAGCUUUAAGUGUUUUCUUGAGUUAUUAUGUAUUUCAUUAUUUUUCAGAUAUGUUGUGGUGCGCCCCAGAACACAUACAUGAUGACGACAUGGACAACAGGGGAUCACAGAAAGGAGAUGUAUACAGUUAUGGUAUAAUUUUACAAGAAAUUGCGAUCAGAAAGCCACCUUAUAGCAUGUACACUUUACAACCACAAGGUAAGAGUCGCAACUGAUUCGAUGACUUUGCAUUACCAACAGUCUUUUAUCAUGGCUGGGACUCGACUUGCUCACUCACUUUUCCCCUUGCUUUUUGGCGCUUGGUACAUGUACUCGCAAUUAAUGUUUGAACACCAGUAAUAAAAAGAACAAUGCUAGUGAUUGUCUGAUUUACGGUCGACAGAAAUAAUUGCUCGAGUCACUGCACAUGAAGACCCACCAUUUCGCCCCGUUGUUGAGGCGAAUGCUUGUAAAGAAGAGCUCCAGUCCCUAAUGACACAGUGCUGGGAUGAUGACCCAGAUAAACGGCCUCACUUUAACAAAAUCUUGGACAGGCUGCGAAAGGUGAUGGGCAGGUAUGUCUGAUUAUAAUCAGAUCUUCUCCCAGUAUUGGAGCAGAGAAUAGGGUAGGAGGCGGUUGCAUGUCCAUCUCAUCUAGUUCCUUUAUUGUGUUUCUCCAUGUUCGUUUGCCCGGAUGAGCUGAUUUGCAAAGAAAAUUGUCUGAGUGUGAAACAGUAGCUAGCAUUUUUUCAUUGAUUAAAAGGAUUAACUCUCUUAACAACAAAAAUGAUGGAGACGAUUUGGCCAAUAUUUCAAUGUAAGAAUGGCAAGAAACGUUGCCUUAAUGUAUCGAUUACCAACGAACCGGUGAAUGUUUUUUUCUGCGGUAAAAUUUUAUACUAUUGUGCUUUCUCUAGUAAGGAUGUGAAAAAUAAUGAUUGUUUUUCGGAGGAUGUUGUUCCCCUCCAACACUCACGUUCUUUUCCUUGUAGAGAUGUCAACAUCAUGGACAACAUAAUGGCACUAAUCGAGCAACAUACUGAUAACUUGGAGGCGCUAGUGGAAGAACGAACUCGUCUGCUGAUGGAGGAGAAGAAGAAAACAGACAAACUUCUGUACAAAAUGCUACCAGUGUAAGUCAAAGAUUGUCCCGCAAUUCUGCUUCUUGCACUUUUUCUUCUGCUCAGCAAUGUUUAGUUACCUUUCAAAAAUAGCGACGGAUUUCAACUCAAAGGAAGAGAUUAAACAGACUCACACGACAAUUGCAACCCUGAAAUUUGGUCAGUUUAAGAAAAGAGACAAGAGACAAAUUAAGGUAAUCACUAGAUGUGUCUCCCAUUUUCCAGGAGGUCGAUUGAUUUUCAUCGUCAAUCAUCUAUCAACGCUAUCUUACCAACUUUGUUUUGUCCUUGUAACGUUUCAGAUAUCAAUAAAAUUUUUACUGUUGAAUUUCUUACAAUUUUAUCCUUGUGUCGAGGACCUUGUUAGGGGAAAAUCCUCACCAAAAAAACCGUGAGAGUGAUCCUUGAUUAAAUUGCGCUUAUUUUAUUUUUUUUUUUCUGUCAUACAACAGAGCUGUAGCAGAACAGUUAAAGCUUGGGAAGCCUGUGACUCCAGAGUAUUUUGACGAAGUCACAAUCUAUUUCAGUGAAAUCAUGGCUUUUAUUGACCUCGCUUCAGAGAGUACGCCGAUGGAGGUAAGAAUCACAAACUGCAAUGUAAUUUUUUUUUCAUCAUUGUGAAAUCUGCAGUAGUUGGUAUUAUCUUUGAAAUUCAUCUUUAGGUGUAAUAAACAUGAACAACGAAGGGCAGAGUACUCAGAAAAUAAUCUCUCUCUGGUUUAGAUUGUUGCCUUUUUGAAUGAUUUGUACCUUGCCUUGGACAACAUUCUUGGCAACUAUGAUGUAUUUAAGGUGAGUCAAGUUGCCCCAGUGAUUUUAUCGCUCUUUCUAUCUAUAAACAGACACCUUGAACAACACCGGCUAAUCGUAAGGUCGCAGUGAGCCAUUUCAGGAAAUAAUAUUACUUAACCGGAGGAUAAUUAUUGCUAAAGGUACCCACGUUAUCUUCCCUCGGCUACUGAUAUGAAGCUAUGAGUGUGAUCUAGUGUAAGCGUGAUGGGUAAGGGAGAGAAAACAGCAUAUGCUUGACUAUUAUUCCAUUUUGGGAUGUCCUUCUCGGAUGGAUUAAAACCAAGGUCAAAAACUGUUUUUUUUUUCUAGGUGGAAACAAUUGGUGACUGCUUAUUGGUGGUGUCUGGCUUGCCUGUUAGAAAUGGCAACCGCCACGCUGCGGAAAUAGCGGACAUGGCGUUUGACAUCCUCAGUCUUAUGACUCACUUUAAGAUCAGGCAUAGACCCCGGAUGAAGCUACAGCUUAGGGUUGGACUGCACAGCGGUAAGUAAACCCAAACCAACGCACCCUUAUGUAUACGCCACUAUCGUUAAAUCAGUUAGAGAUGUAAUCGUAGGGGGAGGGGAGGGAGGGAGGGUUGACUUGGUUUAGAGUCAGGUACCUAAAUGUAUAUAUCUUUGCUGGGCGCGCCUACUACAUUUCACCGGAGUACAAGAAAAUAGCGUCCCUCUGAAUAGUUUAAAAUUAACUCUUCUGAAACCUCUCCUUCAAACUUCAAUAAACAAGAUAAGCAUCCACUAGGCCCUUUUAGCUAUUUGACAAAAAAUCUUGCUUUGCAACUUAUCAUGUAAAUGACCAUGCACCACACUUAUUCUAAGUCAUUUGACGCCGCUGAGACUGAGAAAAAUGCGGUGUCUUAGAGCCAUGCCCUGAUUGACGUCAUUGUUAUACUUCUUAUAGGUUCGUGCGUGGCGGGUGUUGUGGGAAUCCACAUGCCUCGCUUCUGCCUAUUUGGGGACACAGUGAACGUAGCAUCGAGGCUGGAAACCACUGGACAGGGUAAGAGCAUUUCGACUCAGAAAACACCUACUGUGUCCACUGUUUUCCUUAUUUCUUACAAAAUUGUCUGAUUUUAAUUAUAGUCAUUUCUCCCCAUCACAGCCUGAUGUGAGGUCGGUUUUCUUAUUGUUUUCCUUAGCUCUCAAGAUUCACGUUAGCGAGGACUGCUACAGGCUUCUGAAAGAAAUUGGUGGAUAUAUAUUUCUUAAGCGAGGCGAAGUGUAUCUCAAGGUAAUCAGUAAAGGAUUGCUAGACGCCAAGUCGCAGGGGUGGGGCGAUUUGUUCAAUAAUACCUGAAUUCCAGCUAACAGGGCUGGCUGGGUUUUCAUAUAAUAACAAAAAUGAUUUAUGUUCCGUUUAAGUGGCGCAAUUUUUUCUGGGGGAGCAACCUUAGCAAAUAGGCCUGGGACCAGCCCCAUAGUUUGUCUGUUAUUUGGAUUGUUAGAAGGAAGCAUUAGUUACACUCUUCAAUAUUUUCAUGACAAAGUCAUGAUUGGCUAUGAUGACAUUAGAAGAUAUAAUCGAUGAAUCUUAAAGAAGUGGAAGUGCACCUCAAUUAAGAAAUACUAUUUAUAUUUGGUAAAGUUUGGAAUUAACAGAUUCCCCUUUUGUGUUCAAGUUCUCUUUUUCUGACAUUUUCCUUUCAUUCGUCCCUUAAUUCCUUGAUGGCCUCACUGAAGGUGAAACUUAAGAGACCGCCUUUGGGGGUAACUGAUGUUUUUGUUAACAUCUAGGGGCGUGGUUUCUGGAAAACUUACUGGUUGAUGGGAAAAGAAGGAUUCAACAAGCCACUGCCACACGCCAUGGCCGCAAACUCAGAGCCCUCUGUUGAGACGCUAAAUGUUUACUACGCCAGCUAA